AUGACACAAGAUCAUCACAAACUUAGUUACAAUGUGAUAUGUGAAAGUGUUAAAUCACUACUAUAUAUGGAUGCCUCAAUUACAGUGAAGGUUAUAAUUGCACACAUCCGAGAGAAAUUUAAUUACACAGUUUCAUACAGAAAGGCAUGGAGAGCAAGGAAUAAGGCGAUUGAAUCAAUUUAUGGUAAUUGGGAGGAGUCUUAUGAAGAACUACCACAGUGGUUGAUGGUCAUGGAAAAAGAUUUGCCAGGAACAAUAAUUGAUUUUCAAUCAGACCCAUCAACAGAAGUGGCAAAUGAGACCGUCUUCAAGCGUCUCUUUUGGGCCUUUCGUCCGUGCAUCUCAGGUUUCGAAUUCUGCAAACCAAUUGUCCAAAUUGACGCAACUUGGUUGUAUGGUAAAUACAAGGGAACAUUGUUGUUAGCUGUUGCGCAAGAUGGGAACAACAAGAUAUUUCCCAUAGCUUUUGCAAUCGUGGAAGGCGAGACCAAGGAGGCAUGGAGUUUCUUUUUGAAAAAUUUAAGGCAGCAUGUCACCCCACAAGAGAACAUAUGCCUCAUUUCUGAUAGACAUGUGUCGAUAAAGAGCGCGUAUGAUGAUCCACAGAAUGGAUGGCACGAUGCUCCGACAAGCCAUGUUUAUUGUGUCCGACACAUUGCACAAAACUUUAUGAGAUCAUUCAAGGAUGGAGAACUAAAGAAGAAAGUUGAAUGCAUGGGUUACGCCAUGAACAUCCCUACAUUCGAAUACUACCGUUCUGAAAUUGCUGUUGCAGACCGAAAGGCUUUAGCAUGGGUCGACAAUAUUCCCAAACAAAAGUGGACUCAAUCACAUGAUGAUGGUCGACGAUGGGGCCAUAUGACAAGUAACUUGGUAGAGUCACAAAACAACGUGUAUAAGGGUAUUCGAGGACUUCCGAUCACAGCUAUCGUGAAAGCAUCAUAUUACAGGUUGGCGGCCUUGUUUGCUAAAAGAGGACAUGAGGCAGCGGCAAGGGUAAAUUCUGGUGAGCCAUUCUCCGAAAACAGCAUGAAAUAUCUCAGGAAUGAGGUGAUUAAAUCCAACAGUCAUCAUGUCACUCAGUUUGACCGGGAUCGAUAUACCUUUUCCGUCCGUGAAACCAUCGAUCAUAAAGAAGGAUUGCCAAAGGGAGAAUACAAAGUGGACCUGCAAAGUAAAUGGUGUGACUGUGGACGGUUUAGAGCGUUACACCUACCAUGCUCACAUGUCAUUGCUGCAUGUUCUAGCUUUUGUCACGACUACAAGACUUUUGUCGAUAACAAAUUCACGAAUGAGUGUGUAUACGCCGUAUACAACAUCCACUUCGACGUGGUUCACCACCAGACAUAUUGGCCUAAUUAUGAAGGACCGAAGGUGGUUCCCAACAAGUCAAUGCGUAGGGCAAAGAAAGGUCGUCCACCAAUUACUCGCAUUAGGACCGAGAUGGACGAUGUGGAAACUGAGAGAAGAUGCGGUGUUUGUAGGAUGCCUGAUCAUUCCCGCAAAGAUUGCAUUAAUAUUAGACAUCAGUAG